AUGGCGGCGGGCAGUGAGGAGGAGCAAGACAAGCUUGUGGUGAAGCUGAAUGAGCAUCCAUCGCUGGUCGGGGCUCAGGAGGCCCUCAGGGCGGAGCUGUCCCGUAAGAAGGAGGAUCUGCGCGACAGGGUCCGGGAGAAACAGGUGCUCCUCGCCAGCGCCACCAGGCGAAGAGAGGAAGUGGGCGUGCAGCUCUAUGGCUUGCAGAAGACUCUGGCCAGCAUCCACAUUGCUGUGACCAAGACCGAGGACGUGCUUGCUGCCCGGGUGGAAGAGCAGGAAAAGGCCAAGGCACAACUGCUGGAUGCUCAAGUCUCAUACAAGGACAGAUGGAGCGAGAUGAACGCCAUGCAAGACAAGCUCGAGGCGUGCCACAUCGACCUGGACAACCUGGCCUCGACGCUCAAGCAGGUGGACAGCUACAACGACAAGCUCAAGAGCGACAUCGCCGUCAGCCGGCGGGCCACAUACGCCAUGGAGGAGAUCAUCUCCAAAGCCGAGAAAGGCAAAAAGGACCAAGACUUUUACAUUGCCGUCCAGCAGGAGCGGUUGAGGCGCUACUACCAGAGGCAGGCCCUGUGCAGGGCCCAGUUCGAAGCUCAACAGCGGGAGACCAAGAUGGCUGUGGCGGCACUGUCGGAAUUUGGAAUUGAAAUGGAGAGUAUCAAUACAGAGAAGAAACAGCUGACCGACCAGUGGAAGUCGGCACUGAUUGUGUUGGGACGCUGCGACGAGGCCCUGCAGCCUGCUUUAGCUGCUUGGUCUAGCCAGGCCUUGGUGGAUGCUGCAAGCAAGCAAAGAGAGCAAGACCUGUCCAUACAGGGAGAGAAACACCGGUACCGCAAGGACAUAAGGCUGGAGCGUGACAAGGGCGAUACCAAGCUGGCGCUGCUCAAGAAGUAUGGCUCGCAGAUCAAGCAUCUCAACAAGCGGAUCACCAAAGUCGCUGCUAAGCGCAACACCGUGCUGCAAAAGUACGCAGCCAUGAUGCUGACAAUGGAAGAGACGGAGAGGAGCGAGGUCAAGGUGAUUGAAAAGGCUUACCUCAAGCAGUGCCAGACAAUCAAUGACCUCGAGACGAAGAUGCUGGUGGGGCUCAGCGAGCAAAUCACGCUCGAGAGGUCGGCCCAACAAGUCGUCCAAGGAACGCUGCAGCUCCGGCAGGAGAUCAGGCACGAGCACAUGAUGGCGACGGAGAUCGAGUACGAGCUCGCACGGAUCCGGGUGGACACGUUGACCGUGCAAAGCUAUAACCAAACCAUUAGCGAUGCGCUGGCCUCGCUAGACGACGAGGUGCAGCAAAAGAUGUCGCUCAUCUCCAAGAUGCAAGCCGAAACCCGGCAGCGGCACAGCGAGAUCGAUGUCAAGACCAAAGAGAUUGACAAGCUUAACAAGCAGUACGACAAACUCACUGCCAACUUGGUGGACAAGAGCGCAACCCCCUUUGAAAACAUUGUUGCAAAUAUCCGCUACGAGAUUGCCGUCAAGAUACGGGCCUCGUCCGAACUGCAAAAGCAGUGGCUGGGGAUCCAAACGGAGCUUGUCAGCAUCACCACCGAGAACCAUGCCCUGGCGCAGAAAGGCCGGAAGCUGGACAAGGAUCGCAUUACCCUGGAGCAACGCAAGUUAAGGCUGGAAAAGGACCUAGGAACUCUCACAAAGUACAUCAAGGAUGUCGACAAGAAUGUCCAGAUGAAGCACGGCAUUGUCACCAACAUGAAGGAAAUGUUGACCAAGGAGAACCUCCUGCUCAAAAACAGCAACGAUUUAGCCAUCCAGGAGCUGCAGCAAGAGGCACUGAGGAUUGAGUACCUGAGGGAAGAUUGCAACUUGGAGAAAUCGGACGCAGCCCUUCUCCAGGCCAUGAUGUCGCCAUCUGCUAUCCUUGGAGCCAUGAAGAAAGAGUACGAGCGCUUGAAGUGGGAGCUUAAUGCCCUCAACAUUCAGAAGGAGAAGCUAGUAGCCGAAGUUCAAACGCGGGCCAGCAACAGCAGGAAGGAAACCGCACACGAGCCCGACGCUCCAGAGGCGCUUCUCACCAAAGCGUGCAUGGAAUUGAAGAGAAACAUACGGGAGGUUAACGCCGAUGCGUCAGCUGUGGACGAGAAGAUGGUUCGGCUUCAGUCUCAGCUCCAAACACACGCUGACAAGCAUGUGGAGAUUGACAACGCCAUAACAGCAAUCCAGCAGGAGCAGGAGGCGCUCAGGUCGAGGCUGGUCGCUGCCCGGCCCGUCAAGUCCUUUAAGGUCUUGGCCACUGCUAUACACCACCGCAUGGUCAAGAGACACCAGGACCUUCAAGCAAACAAGUGGAAGGUCGCCAUUAAAGUAGACCUUGACACGGAUUGGGAAGAAGCUCGUAAGAAAGCAGGGAUACUGACCGAAGUCCUGCUUUCUUUCCAGGACGACCUACCGAUGCUCUGGUCCAAGUUCGACACAAUGUUGGUACAAUUACGCUUGGCCCUCGAGAUAUAA